AAAGAAUAAAAAAAGGAAUAAGAAAAAGUGGCGAUUAGAUGAUAGGUGGAGGACUGUGGAAUAUAAGAAAGAAAGGGUCUUUCGGGGUUUAUGGUUAUGAACAAUGCGUCAUUGCGAAGCCGGAAAAAUAAACAUACUACAAACGCUACAAGCGUGAACUGCGAGGCAGUGGCAGAGGCAUCGACCUCCAUCCUUCAACCAUGGCUGCUGCAAUGGCGAAACCAGGCGCUCUCAGUCCCCUCUACUCUCACUUCAAAGAGCUUCCACUAUUGGAUUCCUGCUCGAUCCGUGCCAGGCCCAGGGAUUCUCAAUUUUCUGAGGUCAAUGUGAGGCUUAAACACACGCGAAACGCCUCAGUUCUUCCCGUAAUCAGAGCCCAGAGCGCCCCAGAUUACAUUCCGGCUGCCAAAUUUUACAAAGUGGAAGCGGUUGUGAGGCCCUGGCGAAUUCCGCAGGUUUCUUCGGCUCUCCUUAAAAUGGGCAUUCGUGGUGUUACGGUUUCUGAUGUUCGAGGAUUUGGUGCCCAAGGCGGUUCAACAGAAAGGCAGGGAGGCUCAGAAUUUUCUGAAGACAAGUUUGUUGCUAAAGUUAAGAUGGAAAUUGUUGUGACUAAAGACCAGGUUGAAGCUGUAAUAGAGAAGAUAAUUGAGGAAGCAAGGACCGGAGAGAUUGGUGAUGGGAAGAUUUUCUUGGUGCCCGUGUCAGACGUUAUAAGAGUUCGCACAGGAGAGCGUGGAGAGCAAGCUGAAAGGAUGACGGGAGGGCGAUCUGAUAUUUCCCCCAUUGCAUCACCUGCUUGAGUCUUGAGAUGAGCAAUGAAGAUCGAAGAUUAGCAUCUAACCCUUUUUUCAGCACUGUGCUCUAAUAACAUCCCUCCACCCACUCCAUUUUUCUGGGCUAAGCUCAGAAUAUCGCAGUACUAUUGUGUUUUUUUUUUCCUAAAUACAACAUCUAAUGUGGAAGGAGAAUAAAAGGGCAGCACAGUUUUGUAGUUUCUCUUUUUGUUAGAAACAUAAAGCGCAAGCACAGUUUUCCCAA